AUGCCCUGUGGGCAGGAUGAUGUAAACCAAUGUUUAGAAUACGUUUCACAUUUUGCAAAAGGAACAAAUAGCCUCAUUGUUCUCGACGACUGUGCUAGUAGUCAAUCCGUUAAAAACAGAACCAGCGAAUUGGUAAAACUCGGGUUCAGCGCUAGACAUAUUGGAAUAUCGACCAUUGUCAUUACCCAACAACUAACAUCCACUGCGAAACCCUAUAGGGAAAAUAUAUCCAAACUCGUAACCUUUUACAACCCAAGCGCAAAGGAUACGGACAUCAUAUUGAACAACUACCUUGCAAACACAGAAAAAGAAGAAAGGAAGGAAAUCAUUAAUACGCUAAAAAACAAAAACAACGACUACGCCAGGUUGGAAAUACUAUUACGCCGACCCUAUCCCACAAAACAAUUAUUCCGCAUAUUAAAUAAAGGAAUGGAAACCAUAUUCGAAUUGUAGAACCUGAGACACCUGUCGCAAGCGAUCUGAGGGAAAAGCUACUGAAGCUGGUCGAUGCAGGUGAAAUUAAGUACACCUCAAAAUAUAUAAAAAAGCAUCCGAAAAGACGUUGGAAAACAUAUACAAAGACUACGAAAGACAACGUCUGGAGAAUACAAACAACCAACUAGCUGACGUCAUCAUUACCAAGUUUUCCGAACUCAUGCAGGCAGUGGACGCUGUUAAGGAUGCCGAAGGAAUGAAAAAAGAGCUCGAGGAAAACGAUCUGCUUAGAAAAGACAUAAAAAACCUCGUCAGUUACGUAACACCGUACAUCCCACUCAUUGGAUUACUAAGUGGUGGAAUCACCGUUGGAAAACAUGUGAUCAGUACAAAAGCAGGUUGUUCGGAAAAGGAAGAAUAA